UAUCUCCGCAGUUUUUGUUGAUAUUUCAGUUGUGAUUGCUGGAAGUAGUACGUCCGUGGCGUUGUAUCGUAUUUCAUUGCGCAGGUUAAGAAAACAGUGUAAUCUAUAAAUUGUGCGUUAUUUUUGUAUUAUUAUUCUACAUCGUAUGUGUGAAAAUUUUACCUUACUGCGCGUAAAAAUUAAAUAUUCAAAUUACCGCGAAAAUUGUGCGUUAUGGUGGAAAUCUUCGCGUGUAAAAUUGUGUGAUUCUUCAAUUUUCAUCGUGAUAGAAGCAACCGUACGUUGAUAAUUUUGCGGAGCAAAUAAAUAUUUAAUGCUAGGUGAGUACAAAAUGUUGAAAGCACGCAAAUUUUUGAAAAAUUAGCGUCAUUGUAGAAAGUCCAUCAGAAUCAGUGCUUCGUCCAAGUUUCCAUUUUACUUCUUUUGUUCCGUUUUGAAUACCGUUUGGAGAAUAAAUUCUGAUUCGUUGAAAUCGUAACGGGAAAUUUUCAUGUAUUCGGUAUGUCUUGCGUGCGCGAGGCUUCACCGCCGCUUCAAGAUACCGAUCACCUGCGUAAUGACAUGAAGAAAAAGAAACUCCUACAACCUUUCCGAGCCAUCGGAAGGAUAUUGCGCAGAAAACCGCGAUCGCCAGUGAUCUCAUCGUCGAACGGUAGCGUUGAUGCUGUUGCCGCUACGAUUCGUUCUUCCAAGGAGAAUUUCGACGCGUGUGAACAGCCGCUCGAUUCUAACUGGGAACCGACUAAUAAAAGUCAUUCUACUAGUCAUUUGACCGAUGAUACAACCGAUAAUUCUCAACGACGAACCUUGCAGUCUACAUUGUUAAGCGUUAGCCAUGACAGUGUUUUCACAGCGGAACAGAGAUCUCCAGAUUCUGGAUCCGAGACUUCCUUGUAUAUUCAUCCGACGAGAUUGAAUUUUCCUCAUUCGAGUGUUCGGGCUGAACUUUUGGAAGUUAUCAGGAAACGAAAUCUGGAGAAUAAUGUAAGCGACGACGAAGAUCUCGGAUUGCCUCGUAGUCCUGUCAGUAAUUCGCCCACCACUGCUGAUGACAUCUUUACCAAAGAGCAUAUCGUAACGAAAUCUUCGCAAAGUACUUGCAGCGAUGGAUCUCUUCUUAGCAUGGGAAGCUCCGAAAUUGACGAGGAAUCGUACUGUCACAGUUCCAGGCAUUCUUCGAAACUUUCUUUGUACGAGAAAAGAAUUUCCACCGGAUCUUAUUCAGCGACUUCGAAUAAUGACAGAUCUUCGACGAAUAAUUCGCCGUCCGGUAACGGUACGUCGCUCAGUCACAGCGCCGCUAAACAUAAAAUGGCCGUCAAACCAAAACGUAAUCAUGGGGCGCCUCAUAAAAAACGUCAGAUAAUAACCAACAAUACGUUGCCAACGACGCCGGAAGUUAACGAAGAAAAUAGUCAUAAAAUUCUUCCACCAGAAGAUAAACAACAAAAAGUCGCAGAAACAGGACAAAGCGACGAGCACGAAUCGAAUCAAAAUUACGUUUAUAAAACGUCUCAACGCGAGAGUCGUACUAUCGUCGAGUACACCAAUCACCACCAACACCAACACCAUAGUAGUAAUAACAAUAAUACCAGCGUAACGCAAAUCAAUACCUCAACGGUGACUUGUUCGACAACGCAACAAUCAAAAUGUGCUUCAUUACCAGCCGGCGUCUCUCUAAGUCCGGCACCGUCUUUCAAGCUAAUAACCAGGAGUAAAUCGAACGCCGCCAACAGCAUUCAGCAAUCGCCCGACGAAACAGUCGACGAAUCUGCGACCGAGGUUUCGAGUAAAAAAGAAGAAAGCGGUUCGUUCUUCAGUCGGCUGUUGUUACGUCGCAGCAGUAAGAAGAAAAAGAACGCCGUAGACGAGUCGGAUGCUAAUCAAAAGUCAGAUAUUGAAAUGGAAUGGGAGACGACUUCGACGGAAAGUGCGACUUCGAGUACUACGAAGGAAGAUAGUGGACCGAUACCUUACGCUAAUGGUAUCAAUAACGCUAUGAAAAAUCAUCCGCUAUUUCGUCAACGUAUAGAACCGUUGAAUUUACCAGAUAUUCCGGCUUCUCCGCCUCCUACAGCGAUGGAAUCGAUGCCACCGACGGCUACGAGCAAAAUCCAUACGUCGACCGUUCCCAUCAACAUGGACGAAUCUGCGGAUACGAAAUCGUCGAUUUCGGUCAAAAAAUCGCAUAGUUUUAGAAAUCACGAAAAGUUACCGUAUAGUUGUUACGAAGAUACGCCUAGUUUACCGGUCAAUAUCGGUUUAGUCGAAGAAGAAACCGUUACCGAACGGUUUAGCAAACAUUAUCGUACAAAUCGUAGAUCCGUCGACUCGUACCAAUCGCUAUCGCCGACUUCUUCGAUACCAGAUUGUAAAAAUCGCGCAUCCGAUGCCUCGUACCAAUCGCUAUCGCCGUCUCAUUCUAGACCGGACUCGUCCGCAGAACUGGAAUCGUCGAUGAUCGACGUACCUGAAUACGAAACAGCUGGUUUUCGUCUGGAUGUUAAAUGGAAACCGACGUCGACUCCGGUUAAACCGACACCGACGCCGGAUUACGGUAAUAUCUCCGUGGUUAAUUGCAACAAAGUCAAUAUCAGCAUCGAAGACGGUACCAAAGUAGAAAAAACAACCGACGUAAAAGCUCCAGUUCCGACUCCUAGGACCAGCUUGUUGAGCAAAUUUGAUACUUCGGAUAGUUCUUUAUCGAGCUACAAAGAAGGCGCCAGCGAGAAGGAACCAGAAGUUGAAAACUACGUUAACGUAACUGUAACCGAAUCGAGCGGUCAAAGAUCGAUCGUUUCGAUCAGCAGCAGCGUUGAAACGAACAGCGAACCACAUAGUCCAUCGGGUGAUUCGGUUUUCGAGCCUCUCGAAUUCAACGAGACCAUCAACAAUGAAAUACAACAACCUACCGAUCAAUCUAUCGCUGUAUUCGACUCUGAAAAAGAUCUCGAUAAAAAACACACCGAAGAAGAGGAAGAAAUUCGCGCCGAAUCGCCUCCUAAAACUCUGCCUUCGCCUAAAUCAAAACCCAAACGAGACCAACCCCCUCCUAUCAUUGCUGAGAAACCAAUCAUCGUGACUGAUUUCGCCAACGGUAUCGUCAAAGUGAACGAUACAACGGUCGUACUACGUCGUAAGGUCAACGUCUCCCAAGCUAGAGACGACGAACCGGAGUUGAUGAAGGUAUUCGCCAGACGUUCGUUGAAGCUCAAAGAGCCCGAUGGUCUAGAUGAAGUGAUCGAUAUCGUCACUAAAUCUAGAGACAGUAGCGAUAAAGAGAACGAAGAUAACAAUUCGUCGUCCGAAGAACAACCACGUAGUGCGAAUAAAAAGAACGAAAUCAAACUAGAUUCGACGAAAACUGCUUUCAGUAAGUUCCAAAGGAGCGUCAGUCAAGAUGUUCAAAUGAGUAAAAGUAUCACCGUCCUUACGUCGAAUAAUAACGAGAAAAGACAAAGAUGCAGAUCGAUUCCUAAUGAAAUGGAUACAACGCCACCGAAAUCACCUCCUCCCAUUAUUUCAACCAAUGUUGGAGAAGAGAUUAUCGUCGAAAAAGAAAAAACCGAGGUUAAAAACGAAACGCCUUAUAAACGUAUUCAGCAACGUAGAGAAGAAUGGGAGAAAAGAGCCCAGCAAGCCAGAGGAUCUAAAUGAAAUGCUGUGCUUCGUUGAGAUAUUGAUUUGAAAGUAAAAUAGGAUGAUUUUAUUCGGCGUUUAUCGAGCAUUGUUUUCUGAUUUUUUCAAGGAUAGAUUUUAUUUGUUUGCCUCUUCUUCUUUUCUUUAAAUCACUGGAAAUAUGGUCUCUUCGAUGCUUCCAAUAAUAGCCGAUCGUCCUCAGACUCGUUAUGAACAGGGCUGGACAGAAUGCUGGCUCAUAGAUCAGUUCAGAUCUCUCGUAAAAUUUUUAAAACAAUACGUGUCUAAUAAAUGCUGUAAUUUUGAAGAAGGUACAUUUUUUAAAAAAGUGACCGUUCUUUACACCAAGUGCAAUUUUAAAUAACGAAAUUUAAAUUCAAAAAACUUUGUUCGUGGAUCUAGGAUCCACAUUCGAAUUUUCAGAUCUCGUCCAACUGUGUUGAAUGCUUUUUUUUAUGAAAAAUUCAGAAUUUUUCUUCCAUUGUUCUACGCAUUAGAACUAUUUUUAAAACUGUGACCAUUUUCGUGAAACAAUGAUUCGUCUUUUCUUCUUUAGAUUGCUUGACAAUCGCUUUAAAUUAUUGCCAACAUUUAUAAUGAUGCAUUGGGCUGUGAUUUUUUUCUCACUUCGAAAUUACAAACUUAUUUAAUAUGAUUUAAUCAUCGAAGCACGAUGCAAAAGCGUGUGUUUAAAACUUGCCUAGGCUACCUAGUUUUCUAUUUUUUUUAAAUCACGUUUUAUCGCACAAAAUGAAUGAAAUUCUAUAAAAAAGGAGGCAAGAAUAGAAUGCAGUUACUGGUUUAAUUGCCCGAAGAGUUUCCACAACGAAUUCAGAAAACGCACCGUUGCUUUCAGCAUUGAUUUUUUCAGUUGAAAAAUGCUUUCAAUUUCUUCUAGACUCUGUUUUACUUCUAGACACUUUUCUUUUUUUUAUAUACCUAUAUUUCAAAUAUUCAUGUAUUGUUUCUGUUUCCAUUCUCCCUAUCUCUAUUCUCUAUGUACAAAAUGUAUUUUACGAUUUAAUACCUAUUUUGAUAUUUUACUAAAUUAAAAACAGAAAAAAAGAGUAACAUUGCGUAGCAUUGUAAAAAUACCUUUAAUAAUAUGUACCGAUACAUUUUUUUUGUUUUGAUAUUGAAGUUUUUCUAUCGUACUCAAUAAUAAUGAUUAUAACGCGGUUGUGAAUAAUGCAAAUGUCACAUAACGGCGGUGUAUACCUAUUUUAAUAUUUUUUUUUUCCAAACAGCAUUUAUUCCAUCUUGUAUAUUGAAUUAUAAUAAAUUUAUUAUUCAUCUUGAUACUUACCUAGUACCUACUAACGAAUUUGUAGCUUAUUCAUGGUUUUCGUGUGUUAAUAUGUUCAAAAACUUGUAUACGUUCACCGUAGGUUUUUAAGUGAUUUGUGUCGGGUCGGCUGUGUCGAAAUCGGUAAUAAUGAUGUGUUUUUACCGCUAAUGAAAAGGAUUUGAGAAGGGUAUUUUACGUAUUGUGCCUUAAGCGAUGUGAUUCUCGAAAAGAAUGUAAAUUAAAUGAGUUUUUAAUAUUGUUAUUUUUUCGAAUAUUAUUGUAUAAUAAAAUAUAAAAUGAAAUGUACGUUAUAUGCGAUAAAUAUUUUCCCUUUGUUAUGUAAGUCUUGUGAGAUUAUUAAAAAAUUUUUAGAGUGUGUA